AUGGAAACUACGGACCAAAUUUUAAGUGAAAUUGAAGAUUUGCACUGUAGUAUUGUUAAAACCCACGAGAAUUUUAAAAAGUGUCCAAAGGCACGUCUAACUAAGGGAUAUUUAGAAGCAAAAAUUAACUGCCUGAAUGACUAUUGGAACUCGUUUAAGACUGCACAUACAAGUUUAAUAAAAUCUGUGCCUAAGGAACAACGAAAACGCUUGGAAUAUUUUAAUAAAGACGUAUACUAUUCGUGUGAAGAAAGUUAUAUGCAAACAAAAGCGGAUAUGAAGGACUUAUUAGAUUCAUUACAUUCUACGGUUAUACAAUCAGCCAGAGUUGGUGAAAAUAAGAUAUUGCAGCGUGAAGUUCCCCAAGUCAAAUUGCCCAGAAUACAAUUACCAUCAUUUUCUGGCAGUUACGAAGAUUGGCCGACGUUUCAAGAUUUAUUUUUAACGAUUGUUGAUAAAAAUGAAACACUCAGUUGUGUUCAAAAACUACACUAUUUAAAGUCUAGUGUUACGGGCGAUGCCGAAAAUUUAUUGAAACAUAUUCAGAUAACCGAAAAUAACUAUAACCAAGCGUGGGAUAUAUUAAAAGGGCGUUAUAGCAACAAACGACUCAUAGUGACCUCUAUUCUAAAAUGGAUGUUUAACCAAAAAAAAUUGCAAAGUCAGUCCGCAAGUCAAAUUAAAUCUUUACUUGACACUACGACCGAAUGUCUUAACACCUUGAAAAACCUGGACGUUAUUACUGAACAUUGGGAUCCAUUGGUGAUUUAUCUGGUCGUAAAUAAACUAGAUUUGGAAUCCCAUAAGGAAUGGGAAGAAUUUGUAAGCAAAGAAAUGAACGAUAAGUUGCCCACCUUAAUGACAUUAACAAAAUUUAUGGAAAUGAAAUUUCGAACACUUGAGUUGUUAUCGCCAGGUUCAACAAGGGAUAGAACUACAGUGCGCUCAUAUCAUGUAACAACUACGGAGAAGGUUUGUCCAUUGUGCAACGGGAAUCAUGCACUAUGUCACUGUAAGAGUUUUGGCAAAAUGGAACCCACAAUGAGAACUGAAUUAGUAAAGACAAAAACAUAUGUUUCAACUAUCUAA